GUCGGCUGUCAGUGUAUUGGACGUGUGCACUGUGCAGGCGAUAGCGCAAGCUUAGCUAUACAGCCAAUUCAAAAUGAGGACCUUCCUACUGCUACUCUGUACGAUAUCUGCGGCGUUCGGCUACCGAAUACUGGCCAUCCAGAAUGGUCCCUCGAGGAGUCACUACAACUUGAUGACUGGGAUGGUGAAGCCGCUACUGGAGGCGGGACAUGAGGUGACUCUGAUGGCGAUAUUUCCCGAGAAGAAGCCGGUGAAGAAUCUACGAAUCAUUGACAUGAGCGUGUUGCAAAACGUUGUUGAUGACACAAACGACAUAAACAACAACGAUGUGUCCAUGGUUCAAUUGAAGGAAAUGUUGUCGAACGUAUCGACGACGAUCCUGAACAAUCCGGAGGUGCAGCACGCCCUCACCAAGGAGAGCUACGACGCCGUUAUCACGGAGUGGUUGUUCAGCGAUAUCGAAGCUGGUUACGCAGCCGUGCUCCAAGUCCCCUGGAUAGUGCUGCACGGCGAGAUGUCUCCCCACAUGGAGAACCUGGUGGACACGGUGCGCCACAUCCCCACCAUCCCCACCAUGUUCAACAGCGCCCCCAUCCCCAUGAACCUGCCGCAGCGGAUGAUGAACACCGCGUGGUAUCUGCUGAUGAGCUUCGGGUUUCUAAAAGACUUCCCAGCAGACGAAGCGGAAUACCACGCGAAGUUCGGUCGCUUCGCCGAAGCCCGCGGGCACAAGCUGCCGCCCUACUGGGACGCGAUUCGCAACGUAUCCAUCCUCUUCCUCAACUCACAUCCGUCCUUCACGCCUGCCAUCAGCCUGCCGCCUAAUGCUGUCGAGAUCGGCGGGUACCAUAUUGAUGAUAAUGUUCCACCGUUGCCAAAGGACUUACAAACACUACUGGAUUCCUCCAAAAACGGAGUGAUCUACUUCAGCAUGGGCUCUGUCCUCAAAGCCAUGAGAUUCCCUGAGAAAGUGAAGCAGGACCUUGUCAAGAUGUUUGCGGAGCUUCCCUACACCGUGCUGUGGAAGUUCGAGGCAGAGAUCAAGGAUCCGCCCAAGAACCUCCACGUCAAACCCUGGAUGCCGCAGACGAGUAUUUUAACUCAUCCGAACGUGAAGGUGUUCAUAACACACGGCGGCGCGCUCAGCAUCAUCGAGUCUCUCCACUUCGGUAAGCCGAUCCUGGCUGUACCAGUGUUUGGGGACCAGCCCGGUAACUCGGAGCAGGCGGUGCACGCCGGCAGAGCCCUCGUGGUACCCUACUCGCCGGAUAUGGUACCAGAGUUAAGAGUGGCCUUGAACGAGAUGCUUACUAAUGAUAGUUACUACAAGCGAGCGCAGUACCUGUCGAGUCUGUACCACAAGCGGCCGGUGCCGCCGAAAAAGCUGUUGACCAGCUAUGUGGAACUCGCCAUUGAGAGCAAAGGUGCCCACCACCUGCGCUCCAAGACGCUACUGUACAAGUGGUACGAGAUCUGGAUGCUGGACCAGGCGGCCGUACUGCUGGCGGUGCUGUACAUCCUCUAUAGAGUCAUCAAGAAGAUAGUGUGUCUGAUAAAAGGAAUGUUCUCGAGAACGAAAAAAGUUAAGAAGCAAUGAUAUUCCGCUAAGGGAAUAUGUAACUUGUAAAUAAAUAUUUCAUACGAAA